AAACCUGCAGAAAAUCCUACCAUCCUCUUCAUCGACCAGUGGACCGGAAGUGUUUAUGGAGCUGAUCGAUUCCAUAUAGUUGGCAUCAGAACAGAUUAAAGGCCAGGAAGAAAGAGAGUCAGGAAGAAAAACAUCUGUAGCAGCUUUUAAUCGGAUGGAGAGAAAAGGAAGGAUGGAGCAUCCGAGGAAUGAUCAGUCGUGGGAUGGAAAUGAAGAACAGGCAGAUUCUGCCUUUCUUGUGAUGGAGGUUGGAAAAGGAGAGCUGGCAUUUUGAAAUGAGAUGGAUUUAACUGAAAGGAGAUAAAGAUCUCUUGCACUUUGUUUUCCAUAGAUUCCAUGAUGCGCAUUUACGCAGCAAACAUGGCCGUGGAUCCAGACUCUUUAUAAGCUUACUGCAUAGGGUACGAAAUCAUUCGUACCCUGUGUACGAAUUCUUUUAUUUGCUCUUUUUUUAAGCUCAAGUGAAACCAAGUUUUGUAUCAUCACUGCAGAUAUAACUCAGUAAUGCAUGAUCAAACUCAAUUCUUAACUUGAACUGAACACGCUUUAUUAUUAUUAUUAUUAUUAUUAUUAUUAUUAUUGAAAGUCUGCGUCUUUCAGCACCAUAGACAGCAGCAAUGACUCGUUUGCGCAGGAAGUUCUGUGUGGCCCUCUUCCUCUUCGCUCUUUUCAUCUUCGGCACCAUGAUGGGUUUACGGACCCUCAAGCCCACUGACGGAUUCUCAGAUCUCGCGCCAGGGAUGGAGCUCGCACCCUUCGUGGGUGGGAAGCUGGACCGGAGACCUGCGCCUAACCAUGUGGACAUAAGCGAUACCAAGAUCGUCUUGUCCAAAGCUGGCCAAGAGCACAGCAUUUUCUACGACGUUCACAUCUUCUAUUAUUUGUGGUACGGCGCACCUCCUGUGGAUCGUGGUUACAUCCAUUGGGACCACGUCCUCGUUCCUCACUGGGACCCCAAAAUAGCCGCCAGUCACCCCAAAGGAAGGCACAAUCCACCAGAGGACAUCGCUUCGGGUUUUUACCCUGAGCUCGGACCCUACAGCUCGAGGGAUCCCAAUGUCCUGGAGUCACACAUGGCACAAAUCGAAGCGGCUGCUGCAGGUGUAGUCGUUCUCUCUUGGUACCCGCCUGGUGUGGCAGAUGAACACGGUGAACCCACUGAGGAUCUGGUGCCUUCCGUAAUGGACGCUGCCCAUAGGCACAGUCUCAAGGUGGCGUUUCACAUCCAGCCUUACCGAGAGCGGACAGACCUCAGCGUGCAUGACAACAUCAAAUACAUCAUUAACAAGUAUGGAAAUCAUCAUGCAUUCUACAGAUUCAAGUCCAGCACAGGGCGAAUCCUCCCUUUAUUCUAUGUGUAUGACUCGUACCUGACCCCACCUGAAUCCUGGGCUGAGUUACUUACCAAGCAAGGCUCCCACAGCCUGCGAGGAACACCUUACGACGGGAUCUUCAUCGGCCUUGUCGUCGAGGAACGUCACAAGCACGACAUCCUGGCAGGCGGCUUCGACGGCAUGUACACCUAUUUUGCAUCCAAUGGCUUUUCUUAUGGCUCCUCUCAUCAGAACUGGAAGACCAUCAAAGAUUUCUGCGAUGGAAACAACCUGCUUUUCAUGCCCAGUGCUGGGCCAGGUUACGUAGACACGGCUGUUCGGCCGUGGAACAACCACAACACGCGGAACCGAGUCAACGGACGCUAUUAUGAGACCUCGUUGCAGGCAGCGCUGUCUGUGAGGCCAGAUAUCAUUACAAUCACUUCAUUUAACGAGUGGCACGAAGGGACGCAGAUCGAGAGAGCCGUACCCAAGAAGACUGCUAAUCGUCUGUAUUUGGACUACAAGCCCCAUGAGCCUGAUCUUUACCUGGAGCUCACCAAGAAGUGGGCUGAACAAUUUAGUAAGGAGAAAGAGCAAUGGCUGUUGUGAUUGGAACAAACUACGAAGAAGGAUUCGAUUUUGUCAUGUUUAGCACAAAUCCUAUAAACCUAAUGUUUAGUUUUGUAUUCAGCAUGGUUCGAUGAACAAGGUUUAUUGUUCCCUCUGACCUGUGUCUGAAUAUUUAUGAGAUUUACCAGGGCUAACAUAAGGCACCCUUGUUAUUUUAUAGGCUGUCUCAAACUUUUAUUAGGAGCUCUGAUUUAAAACGUGGUUUACUCUGCUGGUAGAGUGUGAUCUCAUCUUUCCUUGUAACCUGAAUGUGCUUAUAGUGACUCAACUGUUUCAUAAAUAAAGAAUUAAAACCAACACCUAGCAUAAUUGUCAGAAUCUAAUCAUAGUUUAAUGUUAUUUUAUGACUAACAAAGGUAUACUGGUUUUACCGAAAUUGUGCGUUUC